GGCAGCUGAUUGAUGGCCACCCUGGCGGUUGGCCGUUUCUCACGCGCGUGUACGAAAUAUAUAAUUCCCACUUUGAUUUUAGCCCGUUCGUCGAGUUAAAUAGAUUUCGUGUCACGCGAUUCGAACGUGUGCGUCGUUUCCACGGAAAGGAGAAGUAAAAGUCGGAUGAAUUAGUGUAGCUGCUUGUUAGGCGUACAGGUUAGGUCGCGACGGCGACGACUGACAGAAGACUGGGGCAGGAAAGAUGCUCAAGAUACUGUCGCUUCACGACUUCGAGGGCCCGGUCUUCGGCGACACGGCCGCGGUCGGCCUGAUCGAGGGCGUCAUCCACUACUGCACGUACGACGCGCUGCAGGACGAGAUGCAACCGUUCGCCAAGUACCUGCGCGGCUAUCCCGAGGUUUCCGUCACUCAGGAGAUCCUCGCGACUCGCGAGACCGCGCGCGCGAUCAGCGCCGGCGAAUUGUUCCUCCCCGUUCACGACAGCGUCUUCAAGAAGAUCGCCAACGUGUGGAGAGAGAGAGGCUUGUCGGAUGCGAUCCGUUUCGCCGCGGCUGCGAAUCCGGAACAGAUCACGAAUGUCGCGCAUUGGAUCGCGACGAGACUAAAUUGGAUAUUGGAUUUGAUGGACAGAGGAAUAUAUCACAGGGACGUGGUGCCGACGUUGGGAAACGGGUCUGUUGCCGAUAUUGUCGCUACACGGGAUUGGCAUACAUCGCUGGUAAGAUGUCUGUCCUGGCAUCCACACUGCGCUCGCCUGGCCGUGGCUAUGAGAGACGACAGAAUUCGUAUUUUUUCGCAAGGUCUACUGGGUGUACCGGUGUUGAGGCACAGCGCGCAAAAGUCGGUUAGCUGUUUGAGCUGGAGGCCGCAUGCCGGUCGGGAAUUAGCAGCGGCUUGUUACUCCGGAGUAUUAAUUUGGACGAUUGAGCUGGGUGCGGCCAGUAAUUUGCUUAGCCACGCGAUACUUUUGAAACAGAGAAAUCACGUGCCCGUUACAAGCGUCACAUGGCAUCCACAAGGUGAUUUAUUGGCAUCUUGCUCACCGACGGAUUUAAAUAUAAUAAUCUGGAAUGUUUCCAAAGAGGAAGGAAUACCUCUGAAACGUUUAGGUGGAGGUGGUAUAUGCUUUACUCGUUGGUCGGACUGUGGCUUGCGAUUAUUAUCUGCUUCAUGCAGAAAUAUUUUCAGAGUUUGGAAUACCGGCGUUCCGACGCCGUGGCGCGCAGAAAGGUGGACUGUACCCCAGGGACGUGUAGCGACUGCAUGCUUUGGUCCCAAUUUAACAUUACUCUUCGCUACCACCGGAGAUCCUGCUACGAUAUUCUCACUGCCGUUGCAAGAUAAUAUAUUUGAUGUUAAAAAGGCAUCCAAUAACGAUGUAAAGAUAGCUAUGCGUCUAAUUGAUUUAACGAAAGUAAACUUCUCAUCGGAUGAUAAUGAUGAUUACAUCACGGUUGGAGGUAGAAUAGUUUCCAUGGAAUGGGAUCCAACAGGAAAAUAUCUUGCCAUUCUCUUCCAGGACAGUCCAGUUAUUGCUCUGGUGAAAACAAACUUGAGCCGUUUAUCGCGAGUUGUAGAAGCGCAGCCGAGCUGCCUUAUCAAGGGAUUUCCCGGUGAAGUACCGAACUGCGUUAACUUCUAUCAAAAACAUUCGACGUGGAUUUGUUUAACAAUCGCUUGGAGCAGCGGACGAGUGCAGCACUUCCCGAUAGUCGAAAGUGAAUCUAAGAUCGACACCAGCACACAUUCCGCGCUAACAUUACCGCAAACUGUGAGGCCAAGCGGAUUGUACAGCUUUGACGUCUGCGGUUACAAGCAAUAUUAAGGAUCUUAAGAAUUUCACACUUAGCUCUAGUGUCAUCGUCUGCUAAUUGAGAGGUCAUCUAACUGAGAGGUCAUCGCCCUAUGUGUGUCGUAAGAACAGCGAAAGCGACCCUCGGGGAUGUUUUCUUAAGGACACAGGAUCGGUAUCUCGAAUUGUAACGCGAGAGGAAGGAACGGCGAGGGCGAUCUCGGAGAUGAUUCCGGCUUUCGAGGAUUCUUCGAGGCGCGAUAUUGUCCCUCGCGGAAAUUGUAAGGAGUUGAGACGAUCGCGACGAGGUGAGAAGAAUAGCGGAGCGAGGGUGGGCCUGUAAGAUGGGAGAGAGGGGUGAACGACUUGUCUCCUCAUGUGGCGCGCCCAUGGAAGCAUGUUGUUAAUAUAUAAAUGACGCGUGUGUGGCA